CGUCCUCUACAUCCUCCCUACCGGCAACGUGGCAAGACGCAACACCUCAAAGAUGCGCUCCCCCCUCCUCGUGUAACCUACAGUCCGCGAACACGGAUCGUCCUGUCGAAAUGACACGGAGAGAGCCGCCAGCAGCCUGCUUGUUUCGUUUUUGGUUUUUACUUUUCGAAAUCAUAGCGGAGCCCGAAGAUUGACGUGAUUUCCUCUUUCCCUGCCCUGCGGGACUGCAGCUGUCAAACUCCUCAGGGCGUGCUCCACUGUUUACCUUCAGAUCACCGAAAAUACACGGGCUGGGAUACACAGUGCAAACACAACGGGGAUGAAGCAGUAUACACGGACAUACCCUGAAUGGUGUCAAGGCGGCGCGGGCUUGCGUGGAGGUGUCAUUAUGGAUCACAGAGGUCACCCCAGGCCCGAGUCUGGCCGUCACUCCCACAGAACGAAAGACAGAGAGGACUACCACUGGUAUUCUCAGCAGGACAGGGGCCAGAGCUAUCCACCACCGGACCCCAGAGAAUGGGACAGACACUGGGCUCAUCCUGAUCCCCGCUACAGGGCCAACUUCACCAAUCCUCCAGCCAGACCAGAGCAGUAUCCUUACAACUCCCACCAGUAUCCCUACGGCCAUGUUCGACCAGAACCCCAAAGACCCCAGUCCAGGCAUGGGUAUGACUAUCCACCCCACAGCCACUGGGACUACAGAGACAGCUAUGGUUAUUACGACCAUGACUAUUAUAGAGGACAGCGUGGGCGACAAGAUGCCAGCCAGUGGGGCCCGCAAGACUCAUGGAGAACAGACCGUUUCCAUGAAAGACAAUACAAGCAGGACCACUCAGGGAGCGCCCACUCAGAGGAGUACAGGUAUGACCAAGGGAGAGACAACUCCCAACAUUACCUCAAUGACUACGAGGAAAAUCUUUCCAGAGAGAAUGAAGAGGUUUCCUCUUAUCACCUUGGGACAUUAGAAGGCUCUAAAACCUCAGGGUUAUCCUCCAGCAGCUAUGAACUGAGUCAGUACAUCAAUGGAGCUGAACACAGUGACCCUGUUCUACAGCCUAUUCACACGUCUCAUGCAGAGCAUGGACCCGUGCAUCGGAUGUCAGCUCCUCUGAAGUACUCAAUCCCUCAUGCGGUAGUCAGCUUCGGACCUGCGGGCCAGCUGAUUCGGGUCACUCCAGGCCUAUCCACACGGGAAAACGUCAGCCUGCUGGAAAUCCACAGCCUGGAAGUCAUUCUGAGCGAGACAAAGGAACAGCAGGAGAUGAGAAUCUUCCCCGGUCCCCUAACUAGGGAAGAUCUGCACAAAGUGGACGCUAUAGAGUUUGCCCACCAGGAGGCAGGCGCCUGCAUGAGAGACGACGAGCUGCAUGAUAAGAGCUCCGCUGCCCUCUUGUGGAAUCUACUGAUACUGCUCUGCAGACAGAAUGGACAAUUAGUUGGAUCAGAUAUUGCAGAACUGCUGAUGCAGGUCUCACAUUCCAGUGGAAGCUGGGAGUCGGAUGCUCCCACGCUCAUUGACUUCAGUGAGAGCGCGACCGCUGAGGCGCCACCUCAAAAAGGAGAUGACCUGCUCACAGGACACUGGAGCAGCUUCAGCUCUGAGACCUCUGAGAAGGCCCUGCAGAACUACACCCGACUGCUGCUGGCUGGAAGAAAGAAGGAGGCCUUGGAGUCAGCUAUGAGCAGUGGCCUGUGGGGGCAUGCACUUUUUUUGGCCAGCAAAAUGGACAACAGGUCCUAUACCACUGUGCUGAACAGGUUUACAGGCCAGCUAACGGCCAGUGAUCCCCUCCAGACUCUCUUCCAACUGCUGUCUGGGAGAAUCCCCGCUGUAGCCACGUGCUGUGGAAAUGAAAAAGUGGUAGACUGGAGGCCCCAUCUGGCCGUCAUGCUCUCCAAUGAGACGGGAGAUCCUGCUAUCCAUCAGAAGGCCAUCAUCACCAUGGGAGACACACUCGCCUCCAGAGGCCUCAUACAUGCCGCCCAUGUGUGCUACCUGACAGCCAGCGCUCCCUUUGGGGCGUUCACACAGAAGGCAGAGAGGCUGGUGCUUCUAGGCAGCAGCCACAGGCAAUCUUUUAAAUAUUUUGCCAAAAACUCUGCCAUCCAGUGCACUGAGUUGUAUGAGUACUGCCAGACACUUGGGGACAAAUGCUUUUCAAUACCGUCCUUUCAGGUGUAUAAGCUUCUAUAUGCAUGUCGACUGUUGGAUUGUGGGCUCGCAGCUCAGGCCUUCCAUUAUUGUGAGGUGGUAGGACAGGCAACCCUCAGACAGAGGGAGCCUUUCUUUGUGCUGACUGGAGAGGUCAUUAAGCUGGCGGACAGACUGAGACACUCUGAGGGUCAGUUCAGUGAAGCAGGUGUUAGUGGAGCCGGGCAGGAACCUGACUGGCUGAGACAGCUGCGUGCUAGGCACCACAGUUUCCAGACGGGGAGUUACGACUGUACUGAAACAUACCAGCCAGCACCUGAGGGAUGUGCUUUGGCCCAUGAUGAUAGCAAAGCGUACUCAGAAUCUGGCUUGGAGGACCUAAGCUAUGACACCCAGAGUCCUGAGCCUGAACUCCUUUAUUACAGAGGCAGUGAGGAUCAAGAAAGCCUUGUGCAUCAAAUUGAAGGAAACACUGAGGAAAUGACAGCAUUAUCAUGGGACUCCAGAGAAGCUCAGGACUGGCCAUGCGCCAAACCUCCAGUUCCAGUAACCGCUUAUGCUCCCCAAAUGCCCACAGUGGCCGUGAGCCAAGACUUCAGUUACUAUAACACAGAUAAUGCUGAAGUCAGAACUGUCCCACUACAUUGUCCUCUGAGUAAUCUGCCAUCAGCAGCAGAGGGGGCUGGGUCGUCACCUGGAACAGGCAUGAUGGGGGGUCAGAUGCCGGAGGUUGACAUCAAUCACCAUGGACAAAACCAACAGAGCAUCCCACAAGGUUUAGAGUCCUCUGAGCAGACGAACGUGCCCCCUAAACAGAGCACCAAGAUCGGGUGGUUCAGUAGUUGGUUCAAACCAAAACCCAAUGACGUCCAAAAGGAGAGUUCAGAGCAGGGAGGCCCAGCUCAGACAGAGCUGCCACCCACAAUUGGCUUCUGUCCUCCUCCCCCACCUGCCAUGGUCUCUCGUGACAUGUUUCCAUCCCAGGCCUCCUCUGCUGGGAUCAAUCCCUUUUCAAGGAAAGCAGGCCAGCAGGUGGGGUCAGGAACCUUUUGAAGACCACUAGCCCGCACCACAGGAUCACUGACACCACUAAAACCAAAGUCAGGAUCUCACACCUUAACAGUGCCUGUACUGUAUGUCUAAUGAGAGCUUUACCUGAGCUUGGAGGAACUCCAAUAAGAUCACUACCACUCGCAUGGGCCCACAUUUCUUUUUUAAGGAUGCCCUUUCAAACCCCCACAGCUUGCCCACCAUCAUGUUGCGUGUUAGAUACAGAAAUACUCUGGAUGGACUGUCACAGUGAUUCCUAUUGCAGCGACCGAAACAGCUGAGGUGGGCUGACUGCAGGGAAAUUACCAGUGGAUGCAGGACAUAUCUGGGGAAAGGGUUAACUUAAUUAGCCCCAGUAACCAUGUCUGUAUGAGGGAUUUGACCGGGACCAUCAGUGCCAGCAACACUAAGUGAAGCUUCAGUGUGACAGAAAACGUUUAGGACAGUUGGUACAACUGUGACCACCUGUGUAACUGCCCACUUAGGAUCAGUGUCAUCAGACUCUCACAGCUCAGAUCAUUAUGUGAGCAAUAUUUGAUUAUUUUUACCAUCUGUAAAAUUGUAGUUUUAGUUUUAAUAAUAUAUAAGACUUCUACAGAAAAAAUGUAAGAGUGUGUAAGAGUCUCAUGUUGUCAUGCCGCCAAGAUGGAUGAUACCACAUGGUUGAGGCGGAGGGGGAAUUGGGAGAGACCUCAGGCAAACAGCCAACAUGUCCUAUACCCCCUACAGUACACCCUCAGCUAGCAGACAUGUUUCGGAUCAAACUGUUUAUGUGCUGUUGAUAUUUGCAAUGCCGUCAUCUGAGACAGUGCCUUAUUAUAGCCAUGAUAUAUAAAUGAUUGCGCGAUGACGAAGCUAGUCGAGGCUCUUUAAAAUGUAUGUAAAACACAUAGUAAUAUAUAGUCUUGGAAUAAAUUUUAGAAAAAUCUGUUUUAUAACCAUCACUUUGUAAACAUGUUUUGAUGUGAUUGAGAUUUUUUUACUCCUGUCAUAUGGCUUUGUGAUUUACGUAUUGCAGUGAAUGUGAAUGCUUUUUUGUACAACUGUACCAGCACAUGAACUGUAUCAAUUACCAGUAUAUCUGUGCAAUUCUGCCUCAGAGUAAUUUUUCAGUAUUAUA